GUUAAGACCACUUAGUGUCUAUUACAUAAUGAUUUACGGAUUUACCGGAAGCCGUUUUAGGGACCGUGAGUGGAAUGUGGCGCUGAGUCAGGGCCAAAGGGCUUCGAGCUCUCAAUCCACUCACAUGACCAUAGCAUGCACGAUGACAAGUCGACGAAGACCACAACUUAAUUUUGUCAUUAAAAGCAUUAGAGAUCAAAUAGAGUCUUUUAGAUCGAACGAUCCGGUUAUAUACUCAAGUGAGACUACGCGAGACUACGGUAUAUUGUCACAGCUUACAUUACCUAUUGUAGAGAGAAAGAAGGAUUAUUAACCUCCGGAACUUUCGUUGUCAUAACUGAGCUCAAGUAGACUUAGUCUCACAUCAUGGCUACCCCUAAAUGCAAUACCCUUAGUGUCUCUGUAAGAGAUGCUGCUGGAUAUCUCCCAAUCGAAAACUAUGGCAUGAUCGGAAAUAUGAGGACCUGUGCGUUAGUAAGCAUGGACGGAAGUAUAGAUUUUAUGUGCUGGCCUGAUUUUGACUCACCGACUGUAUUCUGCCGACUCCUUGACAAAGAUAAGGGGGGCUUCUUUAGUAUUGCCCCACCCGAACCAGCAUCUUGCACGACCAAACAACAAUAUCUCCCGUCUUCUGCCAUUCUACAGACUCGUUACAUUAACGAGGAAGGUGUAGUGGACGUCGUGGACUUCUUCCCACGUCCAAAGGAGGCUACCGUUCUGUCUACGAAAAACAAGCAUAGUGCCUACCGUGAGACUAAGAACAUAUACGAGGAGCUGAAGAAGUGGUUGGUUCGACGCGUCGAAUGUAUUCGAGGUCAGAUGUCUUUAGAUGUGGAUGUCUUCCCAGCAUUCGACUACGCCCGAGAAUCUCACACCACUACCAUACUACAGAACGUGCGUGGAACUGACAGCCCUCAGAGCAAGACCGUAACUUUCCACAGCAAGAGUCUGAAGCUUCAACUAGAUGUGACGAUAGACUGCGGCGGCGGAGACUCUACUACCUGCCCAAAUCUCAUUUUUAAGAAGGUACAGAGAGAUGGCAUGAGAGGCGAGGGGGUCAUUGCUCAUUUUACCUUGCAAGAAGGUCAAGCAAUUUCCUUUGUAAUCCGCGAAGACAUACAAAAUCAUGUGACGGAGAAUAUCACAAGCUCAAUUCUGGACUCUCGACAACAUGACACGCAACUUUACUGGUACAACUGGCUGUCUAAGAGUAGUUACAAGGGGGGUUGGCGUGAAGUUGUCAUGAGGAGUUUCAUGAUCCUUAAGAUGCUAACCUACGAGCCUACUGGUGCCAUUGUUGCAGCUCCCACCUUUUCAAUUCCCGAGGCAAUCGGUGGAGCUCGUAACUGGGAUUAUCGUUUCUCUUGGGUUCGCGACUCUAGCUUCACGAUCUAUAUCCUACUGCGGAUGGGAUUUACGGAAGAAGCAGACGCCUAUAUGGAGUUCAUCAACAACCGUGUUAGGGAGACAACGAAAACAGGUGGAGAUCUGCCAAUUAUGUUCACUAUCAGGGGGGAAACCGACAUACCGGAACAAGAGCUCGAUCACCUUGACGGAUACAAAGGUAGCAAACCGGUCCGCAUCGGCAAUGGAGCUGCGUUCCAUAAGCAGUUCGAUAUUUACGGCGAGCUCAUGGAUGGCAUAUAUCUAUACAAUAAGUAUGGAAAGCCUAUCUCUUGGGAUACUUGGGUAUCUGUCCGUAAGAUGCUUGACCACGUCCUAACGAUACUUGACCAACCGGACAUGUCGAUAUGGGAAGUGCGCAACAAUAAGCAGCACUUUGUUUACUCCAAGGUAAUGCUUUGGGUGGCGUUCGAUAGAGGACUGCGGCUUGCUGAAAAGAGAUGUCUGCCUUGUCCAAACCGAGCGAAGUGGUUGGACGCCCGAGACGCCAUCUACGAAGAAGUGAUGGAGAAAGGAUACAACACGGAAAUGGAGAGUUUCAUCCAGAGCUACGAGAAUAAUACUUUCCUCGACUCCUCAAUACUGAUAGCGCCCCUUGUCUUCUUCGUCACGCCCAACGACCCACGCUUCCUCAACACUGUAGACAGGAUACUCCUCCCGCCAGAGAAGGGUGGACUUACGAGUGCGGGCCUCGUCUACCGCUACAACACUGAGCUUUCAAAUGACGGAGUAGGAGGGCAGGAAGGCGCUUUUAGUAUGUGCACGUUCUGGCUAGUGGAGGCGCUGACCCGGGCGGCGGUAUACGAGCCUACCUAUUUGCCGAGGGCUGUGAACCUGUUUGAGAACAUGCUCAGCUUUUCGAACCAUUUGACCAUGUUCUCCGAGGAAAUUUCUCGCAGUGGUGAGCAGCUCGGUAACACGCCUCAGGCUUUUAGCCAUUUGGCUCUCAUCAGCGCCGCGUUCAACCUUGAUCGCGCCAGGAGCUUCGUCAGGAGGUGAUGAUGGUGAACUCAUAGCAGUACCUAGAAAGCCACAUGUCCCUAUAGAAAUCAAGUCGAGCUCAUUCUCUAUUACAGUGUUAUGACUUUCUC